AUGAAUUCAAUGCCCAAACCAGAAAGACAUACUGAAUCAUUUCUUGACAUUUGUCACGAUACAAACUCUUCUCCAACUGAUAUGACAGUUACUAAAAACCAUAAUAUACUCUUGCAAAGCAUCAGCAGCAGUGAGGAGUUUGAUCAAGACGAUGACUGCAGUCCUUCCAUCUUGGUUACCGAAGGAGGAGAUUGGAGCGGCGAUGGACGAGAUUGGCAACCCAGGACAGAAGGUGUUGAGAUUAUCGUUACUUUUCCAAGAGAUGUUCAUCGCCCCCAAGAGAUGAACCAAGAAGAUUUAAAAGAAAACAAUCAGAUAACCUCAGAGCAUCAGGAAUGGGCACAAGCACAUUCUGUUCCACUUCCACAUGAAACUGAGAUGAUGGACUUCAGAACAAAGAUGCCAACCACACAGCCUUUACUCCUGAAGACAGAGGAGAGCUCCAAGGAGUCCUGCAAUGAGAACCUGGGCUUCUUGUUGCCAAGACCUUGCUUAGAACCCAACAUCUCCAAGUCUGUAGCCAGAGAAGAUGCGCCUCACUUUUCGAAAGGCCAGCAGAGAAAAUCUGGAGAGUUUUCUACCUCUGAUAUGAAGUACAGUAGCCGAAGAACUGAGUUCCCUCUGCCACCACUGUCACUCUUGCCCAUGAGACAUGGUCUUCUUACUAUCCCCCCAAAUCACAAGGAUCAAAAAGAGAGAGAAAUAAAUAUCCCAAGUCUUGUAUCUUUUGUGCCUAAGCUCUCAGAGCUGGUUACUCGAUCUGAUGAGUUUAGGCCAUCAAACAAGCAACCAGAAGACUCGUUCAAGGUGUUUGUGGAUCAGACUCUCAGGUCCUCUGAUAGGUCUAUUUGGUCCAGAAACAUGUGCUCUUUUUGGAAGGCUAACCAUCACAGACAACACCUGGAGAUGGAGGCAAAUAGGAAGCCUAAGGAGAUGGAAGGAAGUGACAAAAUUCAAAUCUCUCACUUUGAAAAAAGUGACUCUUUGGUGUCCUUUGAGAAUUUUAAGGAAGGCAAUUUUCCUGCAGACAGGGAAGUGGAUAUCGACUGCCAUGGUAGUGAAAUGAGGAGAGCAAAAGAAGACAGCUUGCAAUAUCUUUCAUCAGGAAAGACAGAGGGUUCUGUAGUCAGAAAUUGUGAGUACAAUUCAGACGCUGGAUGUACCAAGCCAAUCAAGUUCCAAGAAGCCCAGCAUUCAGAAAUAACUCUAAGCAAGGAUAAAGAGACUGGAAAUGAUAAAGGUGAUUCAAAAAGUGCUUUGGCACUUAAAGGUGAAGAAAUUGAGCCAAAUCAUAUUUUAGAAGAGUUUACUGUACUUAAAAGUUUGUCCAAUGUAAUUCCUGACAGCCCCAUUGAAAAGCUGCCGGAAGGUCAUAACAACAUGGAGACAAAUAUAAAAAUAUCAAUAGCAGAGGCAACCAAGCCAGAAAUGAAUGGGAUAGUGCCCCUUAUCCACAUCACUUUCCCUGGAGACGAGACUCCCAAGGGACCAGCAGUAGCCCAACCAAGCCUCCAAAAAAGAAAGGGCACCCUUCAUAAUAACUAUAGCUUCAACAUACUUGCACACCAAGAAAAUGACAGGCAGAAGAUGGAAACCCAAAGAAAUAAGUUAGAUUCAAAAACCAAGACCAGUAACAGGACACCUCAGAAUUUCAUGAUUUCCAUGAAAGAUUCCAUUAAGCCUACCAUGCAUAAAACCAGCAUAAAAACGCAAGUUUUCCCUUCUUUGGGGCUUGUUGACCCGAGACCUCAGCAAUCACUCAAGUUUCAAAGGAGAAUACCACAGACAGAAAAGAAACAAUCAACUUACCGGGCUCUGAAGCCUAAAAAGCAAUCAUUUCCUUGCAUCUGUAAAAAUCCAGGAAUAAAAAAAUCUUCAGUUCCUCUCCCUGUUCAACCAACAGAGCCCAGACUAAAUGAUCUAGAUCUUAAGUAUAGUGAUAUGUUCAAAGAAAUCAAUUCAACUGCUAAUGGACCUGGAAUCUAUGAAAUGUUUGGGACCCCUGUUUAUUGUCACAUGAGAGAGUCUGAAAGGCAUGAAAACAAAUAUUACCAAGAGAUAUGUUCAGCUCCAUCAGGCAGAUGUAUCACCAGUAAAUGUCGAUCUUCACACAGUGAGAGGAGUAGCAACAGCAGAACAAAACCUUCUCAGAAAAGACCACAUGUUAAACCCCCAAAGGCUUUGCUUGGAAAUAAACACAAACACAAACGUUUAAUUUCCAAAGAAAAGGGUUGCAAGGCUGUAGGUAGCAAUCUACAAGACUUUGAAAAUGGUGGUGGUAUUUCAGAACCAGAGUGGCAGAUGAAGCCUUCGGGAAAUGAUUUUCUGUUUUCCAAAGAUGAAGUCCAGCCCAUGAACUUUGCUCAGACUCAUGAGCAGUCCAUUGAACAGGACAAAUUCCUUCCUGCCUCAGAUUUGUCCAUUGUUGAAGAAGUCUCUAUGGAAGAGUCUGCCGACGAAGGAGACAUUUCUAACAAUCACAUACUUGCCACGAGCCUCAGAGAUCUGCAUGAGCUUGAAGAGCUACAUCACCAGACCUUGCUUUUCCUUUCAGAAAACAGCAGGCCAGUGCCCAGUGAUGAGAGUUUGAACAAGCAUGUACCACAAGAAAAGCAGAAUACGGUAUCUCUUGGUAAAAUAAAUGCCAACCAAAUUUUAAUGAAUGAUGUAGAAUUUGACAGUUUGAUAGGUAAGUCUGAAACACUUAUGAAUUGCUCUUUCAAAGAGAAACAAGGAAGCGCAUCUUCCCAAGCAUAUCAACAUUGGGCACAUUCUUUUGACCAUGGUAGUUUAGCUAAUAAGUCAGUUACACAUCAGAUGUUUGGAAAAACUUUAAAUGAAGCAAAUUCAAUUUCCCAAGACAUUCUUGACUCUAUAAAGAGUGAAGAAUUGACAGAUGAACUAUUAGGUUGUCUAGCUGCAGAACUAUUAGCUCUUGAUGAGAAAGAUAACAACUCUUGUCAGAAAAUGGCAAAGGAAACAGAUCCUGAAAACCUACAUCUUGUCUUCGGUGAGAGAGGUAAUACCAUGGGUGGAGAGACAACAAAUGUCAAAAUACAGAGACAUAGUAAUGGGUUCAGAAUAUAUGACAAUGAGACAUUUCUCAAUGAAAAGAAGAUAUUUUCUGAAAAUAGUUUAAAGUAUGAAGAAUCUAUCCUGUGGACCAAGGGUGAUAUCCUUGGGAAGGGAGCCUACGGCACAGUAUAUUGUGGUCUCACUAGCCAAGGACAGCUAAUAGCUGUAAAGCAGGUGGCUUUGGAUACCUCUGAUAAAUUAGCUACGGAAAGAGAGUACCGGAAACUGCAGGAAGAAGUAGAUUUGCUCAAAGCACUGAAACAUGUCAACAUUGUGGCCUACCUGGGGACAUGCUUGGAAAAAAACACGGUGAGCAUUUUCAUGGAGUUUGUUCCAGGUGGCUCCAUCUCUAGUAUUAUCAACCGUUUUGGGCCGUUGCCUGAGAUGGUGUUCUGUAAAUACACAGAACAAAUUCUGCAAGGUGUUGCUUAUCUCCACGAGAACUGCGUGGUGCAUCGAGACAUCAAAGGCAAUAAUGUUAUGCUCAUGCCUACCGGGGUCAUAAAGCUGAUUGACUUUGGCUGUGCCAAACGUUUGGCCUGGGCUGGCUUCAGUGGCACCCACAGUGACAUGCUCAAGUCCAUGCAUGGGACUCCGUAUUGGAUGGCGCCGGAAGUGAUCAAUGAGUCUGGCUAUGGGAGGAAGUCGGACAUCUGGAGUGUGGGCUGCACUGUGUUUGAGAUGGCCACGGGGAAGCCCCCGCUGGCGUCCAUGGACAGGAUGGCAGCCAUGUUCUACAUCGGUGCGCACAGAGGCCUGAUGCCCCCCUUACCAGAGCGCUUCUCAGAGAACGCCGCGGACUUCGUGCGCGUGUGCCUAACCAGGGACCAGCAUGAGCGACCUUCCGCUGUUCAGCUCCUGAAGCACUCCUUCUUGAAGAGAAGUCACUGAAAAUACACCAGCACUUUCUCUCCAGUUCCAUUACAGAUAAUGUUACUGCUUCAUUUUGGGAACGAUGGUUGAAGGACCUUUGUUUUCCUACUGGAAAGUCAAUCUAACCCAAUUUAACAAGAUUCUACAGGGUCACUACUGCAGUUUGUUACAUAUUAGUCUCUUCAAGCUCCAGGCACCAUUACUUAGGUGGAUGAAAAAAUUUUCUUAGUAACAACAAAAAAACCUAUUCCAGUAUUUACAGUUUUGACUAUCCAGGAACUAUAAUCUCUAUUGCUUAUACUAUAUUUCUUUUUAUUUUUGUCCUGUCAAUUUUAAUGUCAUUAGUUUAAAAUAAAUUGUAGAAACAAGAAAAUUGUAAUUAAUUGCCUGGUAAGUAAAGGCACAUUUUUUACAGAAGACUUGAGAAAGGUGAGGAGUUAAAAGUGGAGAGGCACUAGGUUCUGUUUAUUUUGGCCUCAGUCUUAACCUUGCAGG